AAUGGACCUUUCAUUCACACCCACCAACGCCACUCUUUAUCCUCUUUUAACGAAACGACAACGGCCACUAAGAAGAAGAAGAAGAAGCUUAUCUCAUUCACUUUCUCCUCUCUCUGUUUUUUUCUUUCUCUUUUCUCUUUGAAUGAUACUCUCACAUGGCGCUAACUUUAACUUCCUCCUCUCUCGCAUUGGAACACACUCUCUCUUGCCUCCAUAAAUGCUCAACUGAAGUUGAACUCAAGCAAGUCCAUGCUCGGAUGCUCAAAUCCGGCUUCUUCCGCGACCCUUACGCAAUCACAAAGUUUCUUUCUACCUGCCUUUCCUCCAGCUUCUCCUCUUAUGCUCAGGACGUUUUUCUCAACGGCUUAGAUCGUCCAGAUACUUUCUUGUGGAACCUAAUGAUCAGAGGACUCUCUUCCUCUGACCAACCGGAAUCUUCUCUUCUCCUCUACCACCGCAUGCUCUCCUCUUCCGCUACUCACAACCCCUACACCUUCCCCUUUCUCCUCAAAGCUUGUUCCAACCUCUCUGCUUUUCACGAAACCACUCAAAUCCACGCACACCUCACCAAACUCGGUUACGGGAAUAACAUAUACUCACUCAACUCUCUCAUCAACUCAUACGCUGUCACCGGGCACAUCAACCACGCUCGCCUCCUCUUCGACCGAAUCCAAGAACCCGAUCUCGUCUCCUGGAACUCUCUCAUCAAAGGCUACGCAAAAGCUGGAGAAAUGGACACUGCUUUAACCUUAUUCAGAAACAUGCCGCUGCCGCCGGAGGCGGGAAAGAAGAGUAAUAACGCUAUCUCAUGGACUACCAUCAUCUCCGGGUACGUUCAAGCGGGAAUGAACAAGGAAGCUCUUCAGCUAUUCCACGAAAUGCAGAGUUCCAACGUUCCCCCUGAUAAAGUCUCUCUAGCCAGCGCUCUCUCGGCUUGCGCCCAGCUCGGGGCGCUCGACCAAGGGAAAUGGAUCCACUCCUACGCUGACAAACAAAGAAUCAGCAUCGACUCCGUCUUGGCCUGCGUUCUUAUAGAUAUGUACGCAAAGUGCGGCGACAUGGAGGAAGCUCUUAGAGUUUUCAAGAACGUUUCCAAGAAGGAGACGAGAUCAGUGCAGGUGUGGACGGCUUUGAUAUCAGGCUACGCGUGCCACGGCCUCGGCGGAGAAGUGAUCCGCAAGUUCGAGGAGAUGCAGGAGAAGGGAGUGAGACCAAACGCGGUGACUUUCACCGCGUUGCUCACUGCCUGCAGCUACACGGGACUAGUUGAGCAAGGGAAGUCGGUUUUCUACUCCAUGGAGAGAGAUUACAAGGUGAAACCGACGGUGGAGCAUUACGGCUGCAUGGUUGAUUUACUCGGUCGAGCUGGACUGCUCGACCAAGCAAACCGUUUCGUGAGGGAAAUGCCUAUGAAGCCAAACGCUGUGGUAUGGGGUUCGCUGCUCAAAGCCUGCCAGAUUCACGGGAACGUUGAGAUGGGAGAGAGGAUUGGAGAGAUGUUGAUAGGGAUGGAUCCUGAUCACGGCGGGAGAUAUGUUCAUAUGGCGAAGAUUCACGCCAUGGGGGGGAAGUGGGACAAGGCAGCUGAAACGAGAAGACUGAUGAAGGAACAGGGAGUUGCAAAAGUCCCUGGUUGCAGUACGAUUACCUUGGAAGGGACAACGCACGAGUUCACAGCGGGAGACAGAUCACACGAGGAGAUCGAGAGAAUUCGAACUAAAUGGAGAAGCGUGAGAAGGAAACUCGAGGAGAACGGGUACGUACCGGAGUUGGAAGAUAUGCUGCUUGUUGAUCUAGCUGAUGAUGACGAGGAGAGAGAGGCUAUUGUGCAUCAGCACAGCGAGAAACUGGCUGUUACCUACGGGCUAAUGAAGACUAAACCGGGAACAACGAUACGUAUAAUGAAGAAUCUGAGAGUAUGCAAAGACUGUCACAAAGUGAUGAAACUCAUCUCUAAGAUGUACAAGAGAGAUAUCGUGAUGAGAGAUAGGACGAGGUUCCACUGUGUCAGAGAUGGCAAAUGCACUUGUGGGGACUACUGGUGAAUACAAACUUUUUAUUGCUUAUGGAAAUGGGAUACAUCCAACAAUAAUAUAACAAAAAAAAAAAGUUAGAAGUACAAAUUGUUGUUGUUGUUUUCAACUGAUGCUGAGAAGUUGUGUUGCUGUCCAAGACUGUCCCGGCUCGAGCUUGACAUCCCCAAGCUGAGGGUUAAGAAAUGACAAGCGAGAGUUGUAAAAAAUUUUGAGUCUAUAUAUAAGUUUUGUAAAGAGUGAAAGGCUUACUGAUGAUAUACCUUUGCAUUUUCAACGCAGACAAAGUCUCUGUAACAAGC